AUGCAAUCUUCUGCCGCCGUCGCUGAUGCUGCCAUCGUUGCCACCACCGGAACCGCUGCCACCACCGGAGCCGCUGCCAAACGCGGACCAUUCUUGAUUGUGGUCUGUGGGGGGUCCGCAAGCGGGAAAACUAUGUUUGCCCACUUGCUGAAGACCCGUCUGAACUCCGAACGGGUGUUCAUCUUCUCCAUGGACCAUUUCUACCGGAACUUCACUGAGGAAGAAAAGAAGAAAAUCGGAGAGGAGGAGUUCAAUUUCGAUAGCCCGGACGCUAUCGACAUCAAUUGUGCCCACGAUCUCAUUGUCAAAAUGAAAUCCGGAGAGGCGGUUAAUGUGCCAAGCUAUAGUUUUACGAAACAUGCUAGAGAGGCACACACAACGCUGGUGCCUUCAAUGGAUGUGAUAAUAUUUGAAGGCAUCCUCUCCCUUCACGAUGACAGAAUUGUCGACAUGGCUGACAAGAAGGUCUUCGUCAGUGCCGACGAGGACACUCGUCUCAAUCGACGACUCACCCGCGACGCUCGAGAGCGUGGGCGGACCGAAGAGAGCACGCGGGCUCAACACGAGAAGUUUGUGGAGCCCGCCUAUCGGGCGUAUAUUGCUCCCUGUGCCAACAAACUCGGCACGAAUGGGCUCCUCGUGGAGAACAACGAGGGACAGAACCUUGAGCCACAUGUGGAGUCCCUUGCUAAGGAGAUUCGAGAGGAAGUGAAGUGCAGAGGAAUUUCGCUCUAG